AUGCAGUGUCCGUAAACACACAGUAAUACGUGGACCGUUUCAAUUAUCACAUACAAUUUCAAUUAUUAUUUUACAGUUGUAUUAGUUGACGUGCAUUUUUAAGAUGACUUUACGCUGGGGUAUCGUGUCCGCGGGCUUUAUCUGUGCCGACUUUGUCAAUGCUUUGAACACGUUCCCUGAAAAGGGUGACCAGGCAGUAGUAGCAGUGGCAGCUAGGGACAAGAGCAAGGCGGCAGAGUUUGCGAAAACCUUUAACAUUCCUAAAGUAUUUGACUCAUAUGAAGCAUUAGCAAAAAGUGACGACAUCGAUAUUGCAUACAUCGGCACUUUAAAUCCUUACCACUAUGAACUCUCAAAGUUGUUCCUUGAAAAUGACAAACACGUGCUGUGUGAGAAGCCCCUGUGUCUCAAUGCCAAACAAUCUGAGAGUUUGAUCAAGUUGGCUACAAAAAAGAACCGAUUUUUCAUGGAGGCUGUCUGGAGUCGCUUUUCUCCGGCUUACCUUGACUUGGAAAAAGAAAUAGAAUCUGGAAAACUUGGAGAAGUUCGCCUUGUACAAGGAAACUUUGGUUUUGCCUGUGAAAGCGAGAGAAUGUUCAAAAAGGAAUAUGGCGGCAGUGCUGUUCUGGACAUCGGGAUAUACUUGUUGCAAAUAUCCCAGUACGUGUUCAAAGAAGAGCCCAAGAACGUAACGACUGUUGGUAUUCGGGGUGAGACCGAUGUGGAUAUAUCGGAGACAGUAAUCUUGGAGUACAGCAAUGGCAAGAGAGCGGUCCUCAACAUAGAUGCUACACUCAAACUUGAUAACCAUACCACAAUAUAUGGUACAAAGGGGAGUUAUAAGCUGCACGAGCCUUUCCACUUUCCUCUCGAGACCACCGGGAGCGACGGAUCACUGAAGUCAUUCCCUCUGCACACUUCGAGUAUCCCGUACAACUUCGGUCCUAACAGCCCCGGCCUUGCAUACCAGACCCUUGAAAUAGCGAAGUGUAUUCGCGCAGGUAAGAUAGAGUCCCCACGUAUGUCUCAUAAGGAGACUCUCGUCUUGGCCAGACUCAUGGACACCGUGAGGAAGCAGUUGGGUGUGCAUUACGACGCCGAUGAUAAAGAGUAUCCUUAAUGCUUAGAUAACAAUAACUAUUAUAUACGAAGCGUGUGCAUUUGAAGGAAAUCCGACGCUUUUUAUUCCUGAUCAGGGGACGAAGCAGAUACUUUCCUCCAUCUAUGAUGAUACCACUACGUAAACCUAAUAUUGAGAUUGUGAUGUAACUGAAUGCAAUAAAUUCCUAUCACUAA